CGAAAAAUGGCUCCGAUUGGCGUGUAUUGCAAACGAUUGUAAGAGAAAAUUGAUUCAGGAAAGCGACAUGUCUGUUUAAUUUGCAAAAACAAAUUUUAUUUCGUAUAAAUUCGAUUCUGAGAGAUCUAGAAUUGCAUCUUUGUCAGGUUAUAGUACUACUCUGUGUGGUAGUUCCACUACCUUUUACAGAAUUAUCGAGAGACGAAAAAAACGCACCAUGUCUACGAAGGUGGUACAGGUUACAAAUAUAGCACCGCAAGCGACAAAAGAUCAAAUGCAAAAUCUUUUUGGUUGCAUCGGUAAAAUUGACGAAAUUCGAUUAUAUCCAACGGUACGGGAUGUGACUUGUCCGGUGGUUUCCCGUGUUUGUUACGUGAAAUUUUUUGAAAGCAGCUGUGUAGCUGUUGCCCAGCAUUUGACCAAUACGGUUUUUAUUGACCGAGCUUUGAUUGUCUGUCCAGUUGGAAAUGGCACCAUUCCCGAUGAGUUCAAAGCGUUGGAAAUUAUCAACAAUGGAUCUUCGGUUCCCGGCUUACCAGCAAAUGAUUCACAAUUGCCACCCGAUGUUGUGAAUCGCGUUGAAGGAAUUCACCCAUUUCAGGUGAUCAAAACGGCGGAUCCGAAGCUCAUAGAAUUUAAUCUACCCGAAUAUCCACCGCUACCAAUUACUUUUGAUGCACGUAAAAUUGAAGAAAUUCGUCGCACCAUCAUUCUGAUUGACAUUCCGGCUGACUGGGAACUACAAGAAAUUAUCAAACAUUUUGGAGAGUAUGCGGGUGAAGUGAAAUAUGGACGCUUUGCUGAAAAGAGCCGACAAAAACAUGUCAUGAUUGAAUUUUGCGAACAAAGGAGUGUUGCAAAAGCACUUAAGUUACACGGCUCAGAAUUUUUGGGAAAACGUUUAAAUAUAUAUCAUUCAAUGCAAUCAAUCAUUAAACCGGAAGCAAAGAGCAAUGAAGCCGCUCAGCGUGAAAUCGAAGAAGCAAUGUCGAUUGUAAAAGAGACCCAAAAUAUGAUAUCGGCCGCAUUGGAUCCGGUUAUUGGAAUACUAUCAUCAAAAGAAAAGUCAGUUACUCAUCACAGAACUCGCACCAGAUCCAGGUCACGUUCUCACAGUCAUUCUCGCCGCUCAAAAUCACGCAAAAGAAGCAAGCGCAGCAGAUCUAGAUCGAAGCGUUCCGCUUCUCGCUCACGUUCGAAACGCAGCCGCUCACGCAGCCAUUCACGAAGGAAACGUUCGCGAUCUCGCUCAAAACGACCAAGAUCCCGUGAACGUGAAAGUAGACGCAAGCGGUCAAGAUCCAGACGUCGAAGCCGCUCACCUUCGAGAGAUAGACGUAGAUCCAGGUCACGUUCUUACGAUCGUCGCGAUAGACGGGAGAGAGAUAGAAGAAGACACUCACGCUCUCCGCAAAUCAGUAAGUCACGAAAAUCAACACGCAAGGAAGAAAAGCGUCGCCAAAAGUCAAGAAGCCGUUCAAAAAGUCGCGAGAAAGAAAGAUCAUCGCGUCAUGGGAAUUCGUCUCGACAUGAUCGUCGGGAAGAACGCGAAGAAAGACCAAAGGAACGUCGACGUGAAAAAGAUCGAAGUCGCAGUAGAUCCAAGGAGUCAUCACGAAAAUUGAAACGUGUUUCUGAAGAGAAACCAAGUCAACGUGAUUACGAUGCUGAGGAACGAAUUGGAACAGAGGACUCGUCAAAAAGAGAAUCAUCAGACGAUGCAUCCGAAAAGGAUAUGGACAUUGCAAACUCUCCAUAGAAAACAGAAUGAAAUUAUCUGAAAAUAAUAUUUUAAUCUCUCCGGAACAAUUUAAACUCAUACCAGAGUCUUCUCUUACAUUUAACGUUCAUUCAAGUAUUUUAAUAAGAAACAUUAUUUAAAUCAG